CUCCUGGAAGUUGUCAUGGAGAUAGACCCGUCCCAGGCGUCUGCUCUCGGGAUUGUUGCCAUGGAGAUCCCUGCUCGAGGUGAGCUCUCGGCAGUGCAGGAGGACGAGAGCAGCAAGCAACUAGGGUUCGAGAAGCGAAUUCAGGACCUUGGAGAGCAGCGGCGCCAAGGACCCCCUUUCAACCAAGGGAACUACUACAUGCUUAUAGUGAUAGGAGAGAUAGCGACAGACCACCAGCUGCAACGCGCUAGAGACCAAGUUGAGCGGGGGAUUCGCUCCUGGGACAUCAGCCUCAAGUCAUGUGACCUGGACCAGCAGCUGCAGCUAUUUGUGACGCGCCACUCCGCCCAGUUCUCUGCAGAGGUCAGAGGGCAAAGGACUCUCCACCACAAGAGUGAUGUCCUAGAGACAGUCGUGUUGGUCAACCCAUCAGAGGAUACAGUUGCUUCAGAGAUCCAGUCUCUAGUCACAGACUCCGCAGGACACAAACUCCUGGUCCUGAGUGGGCAGAACUCAGACCACGGUGACCUGCUUCUCCAAAGUGGGGUUUUCACCUAUAAGAGCUUCUCACAAGUCUUUGCUGAUCCUGGGGUCAGUGAUUUGCUGGGCGAAGCAGCCCCCAAGCAGCGGGCCACACUCACUGUGUCCUGCCGAUCGGAGGUGGGUUGGAGCUCUCUGGGUCAGCACCAGCACCUACGGGAGUUCCUCGAGUACAGACUGAACACUGAGCCUGUGCUCCCCAAGAUGGAGGGAGUCACAGAGUUCACGGAGUACAUCUCCGAGACGGUGGAUGUGCCUUCUCCCUUUGACCUCCUGGAGCCGCCCACAUCUGGAGGCUUCCUGAAACUGUCCAGGCCCUGUUGUUACAUCUUCCCUGGGGGGAGGGGCGACUCGGCCCUGUUUGCGGUCAAUGGCUUCAACAUCCUAGUGGAUGGAGGCUCUGAACGUAAAUCAUGCUUCUGGAAGCUGGUCAGACACUUGGACCGCAUCGACUCAAUUCUACUCACUCACAUUGGUGCAGACAAUCUGCCAGGCAUCAACGGGCUCCUUCAGAGGAAAAUAGCAGAGCAGGAAGAGGAGCAGUCACAAGGCUCAACCACCUACAGUGAUUGGAUGAAGAACCUGAUCUCUCCAGAGCUUGGUGUGAUCUUCUUCAAUGUACCCGAGAAGCUACGUAUGCCAGAAUCAAACCUAAAGGUCAAGCGCAGCAUCGAGGAGGCCUCCCUCACGUUGCAGUACCUCAACAAACUGGGAAUCAAGCCGGAGCCUCUCUGUAGACUGGUCAGCAACACUAUUGAGCCUUUCACUCUUUUCCAUAAGAUGGGGGUGGGCAAGUUAGACAUGUAUGUUCUGAACCCCGUCAAGGACAGUAAGGAGAUGCAGUUUCUCAUGCAGAAGUGGGCUGGUAACAGCAAGGCCAAAACAGGCAUUGUGCUCCCCAAUGGAAAAGAGGGAGAAAUAUCCGUACCUUACCUGACAUCAGUUACAGCAUUAGUCGUGUGGCUUCCUGCCAAUCCUGCCGAAAAGAUUGUCAGAGUGCUGUUCCCUGGAAACGCACCACAAAACAAAGUCCUGGAGGGACUAGAGAAAUUAAAGCACCUUGACUUCUUGCGAUACCCAGUAGCCACACAAAAAGACAUAGCCUCAGGGGCUCCUCCCUCUGUUGUAAAACAGACAAAGUUAAAGCAAAGGACAGACAGCAAAGAAAGUCUGAAAUCAUCUCCCAAGACUACAAAACCCCUUAAGAAAGAAGCAGAUGAUGAGGUAUCGGCAGUCACAGAGGCAAAGAGUGACUUUGUAAAGGAGAACAAGAUAGAGAAAAAAGAGAAGAAACUUAAAGAGAAUGAAAAACCCACAAAAAUAAUAAAAUCCAAGACUGAUGCACCAGAAAAGAAAAAACUAUUGAAGGAGAAAUCCUUGAGAAAACAUUCAAAGGAAAGGGCAUCCAAGAUGGAUGAGAAAAAAGACAAGGAAAAGAAAGAGAAAGUCAAGAAAGUUGACACAGCUAAAAAAGAAGAGAAAAAAGACUCCAAAGUUGACAAGAAAAAAGAUGCGUCAAAGUCAGAGUUGAGAAAGAUAACAAAACCUGACUUAAAACCCCUCACACCAGAGGUCAGAAGGACCCUGCACAGGGCAAAAGUGUCAAGUAAACCCAAAACCGACAAAAGCAAAGGCAAAGCGGCCAAGGCAGAGCCGGCUGAACCCAAACCGGAGGAACCAGCAGCAGAGAACAUUCAACCUGAGCCACUACAGAAUGGGGGUAUUGAGGGCAUAUCUGCUUCCUCCACUCCAGAGGAUCUUACCAAGGACUUUGAGGAGUUAAAACAAGAUGAGGUAUCAUCAGAGCCACCAGAGAGUGCAGUGGAGACACCAGCAGAGGAAAACAUGGCCGAAUCCCCUACCCAGGAGGAGGAGAAAGAACAGGAAACUGUCUCUAAAACUCCACCAGGCACAACGUCUCCUGAGAAGGGAGUAAUGGAAGUUGAAACUGAGUCUCAAAGCAAAGAGGACAAAUUAACACAAGAGCAUAAAGAAGAAUUACAAGCAGAGAAAGUGGAACUAUAUGAGGAUGAGGGAGCUGCAGUUGAAGAUGAGGAGGAGGAAGAAAAAGAAGGCCCGAUUGCAGAGAGGAAAACAUUUCAGGAAGAGGAAGAUAUGGGGAUAGGGGAGGAAGAAGAUGAUGCAAAAGAUGAUGUGAAGGAUAAUGAACUAGACAGGAAACAUGAGGUGGAGGAAAUGGAGAAAGUUGAAAAGCCCACAGAUAUGGCGGUAACAAAAGAGGAAAGCAGAAGAGCUUCAUCCCAGGAGGAGGAACAGGAAGAAGAUGGACAUGCUGUUGAAAAGGCUGAGCUGGAAGAGGUAGAAGUUCUAGACAUGAUAGCAGAUGAAGAGGUCAAAAUCAAACCUGAAGCGGGAGAGAAAGAAACAUUGGCCAAGAAUGGGGAAAGCAAAGCAGUUAAACAUACUCCUGGAGCUAAAGAGGAGGAUGAGGAAGAUGAAGAGGGCUAUGUGUCAAAUGUGGGAGGCGCUACCGUCGACAUAGUGUCAACACUGCAAGGAACUGCUGCAGCCGAGCCCAUCUCCUUCAUUCAAGACGAAACCAUUCCAGGCCACUCUGAAACUGAACAGACCAUCUCUGAUGAGGAAGUUCAUGAAGAGGCUGAUGACAGGAUACUAAACCUCCAAUAUGAAGUGGGUGCAUAUGACAUCUCUGUCCCAGAUCAGACAGGCUCCUUUGACACCAUCCAUGGGAUGAAGGAGAUGCAAGCAUCAGCUAUGGCUGAUGUAACAGCCAAAGGUUUUAUUUGUGGACAGGAGCAAGUAUCGGUAUUCACUAACAUCAUUGCUGCUCCCUUGGCUGAGGAGGAACAUGUUUCCUCAGCCACAUCCAUCACAGAGUAUGAUAAAUUGUCCUCCUUCCCCACCUCUAUUGCAGAGGACCAAUCAGUGGCCUCUGUCGCUACACCUCAGACUGAGGAAACAGGCAAAAGCUCUCUGCUUCUUGACACUGUUAAUAGCGUUCCCCUGGCAAUUCCAACAGAGGCCACACAUGGGAAAGAACAUUUACACUCUGCUGGGACCAUCUCACCAACAUCCUCCUUAGAGGAAGACAAGUACAUGAAGUCAGUUCCAUCCGAAGAGUGCCUGUCGGUUAUCUCUGAUUUGAAGACAGAGGCUAAGGUCAUCAAGACUCAUGAUGAAGAGGAAGAAGAUCAGGACCAAACUCCGAACAUGGACAUUUCACUUGGGGAGAGCUAUGCCUCCCCUCAAAUGCUCCAGGAUAGAGAUAGGGAUGUGGAACAGCUCCCUGCUUCUGAGGCUCCUGUCUCCAAACUUGUUCAGGAUUUGAAGCAGGAUCACCUACCAGUUGAGGAGGUACAACUCUUUAAGUCCAAAGAAGACAUCUUAACAGUGGUGCCUUCAAAACCCCUUUCACCCCCAACCUCUUUCUCAAAGCCUUUUAGGUCAGACUCAAUUACUUCGGAAGGUGAAGAGCGAUGCUGCAGUCCAGACGAUAGCACUGUGAAAAUGGCCUCCCCCACACAAUCUUCCCACCCCAGUGCAACCAGCUCUCCAACUCACUCUCCUCUUCAUCAGUCGCCUGUGGAGGAAAAGACCAAGGACUUCCCAGGACUGGACCAUCAAACACAGGGUGACCUUCAUGAUUCUGCCACCAAAACAGAGGAUAAGGAUGGAAAGAAAGAUCAAGCGGAAAAGGAAGAUAAAGUGGAUACGAAUAAAAAAUUGGAUGCUGACAUCAAGAAAGUUGAGUCGGACCUACUACCAUCGGUGGAGAAAUCAUUUCAAAAAGACUUGCCCAUUACAAAAGCGGAAGAAAAAGAUGGUCUCUCCCCUUCCAAAGGUGAGAUGGAACAGGAACCGGAGACAACUCCUCUUACCUCUGAGUCAGUCACAGGCAAAGACGAAGCUUCCAUAUCAGGAAAGGAAUCUCUGACAGUAGACAUUUCUAGUGGUAAGGCUAUACUCAAACACAGUGACGAGGAAGAUGAUGACCAUCAACAGAAAGAAUCCAAAGUGUGCAGUAAGGCUAAAUUCCCAAAGGGGAAGGAGAGUAGUUUCUUAGAUUAUGACGAUGGUGAGGAUGAUGAUAACGAUAAUGUAAAACCCAUCAAACAGGACAUGAAGGAUACAGAAAAAAAUGACACACAUGAGGCUAAAACUAUCAAGGAAGAGAAAGAGGAGAAAGAAAAACAAGAUGUGUUUGAAGCUGAAACCAUCAAGGAAGAAAAGAAAGAAACAUUUAAAAUUGGAACAACUGAAGCUACUACUGAAGCUGAGCCCAUCAAGGAAGAUAAAGAUGAGAAAGUGAAGGAAAAAGAUUACAUUCAUGAAGCUGAACCCAUCAAGGAAGAGAAGAAAGAAGCAGAAAAGGUUGGUACAACUGAAGCUGAACCCACCAAGGAAGAGAAGAAAGAAACAGAAAAGGUUGGUACAACUGAAGCUGAACCCAUAAAGGAAGAGAAGAAAGAAACAGAAAAGGUUGGUACAACUGAAGCUGAACCCAUCAAGGAAGAGAAGAAAGAAACAGAAAAUGUUGGUACCACUGAUGCUGAACCCAUCAAGGAAGAGAAGAAAGAAACAGAAAAUGUUGGUACCACUGACGCUGAACCCAUCAAGGAAGACAAAGAUGACAUUCAUGAAGAUAAACCCAUCAAGGAAGAGAAGAAAGAAACAGAAAAGAUUGGUACCACUGAAACUGAACCCAUCAAGGAAGAUAAAGAUGAGAAAGUGAAGGAAAAAGAUGACAUUCAUGAAGCUGAACCCAUCAAGGAAGAGAAGAAAGAAACAGAAAAGGUUGGCACAACUGAUGCUGAACCCAUCAAGGAAGAGAAGAAAGAAACAGAAAAUGUUGGUACCACUGAUGCUGAACCCAUCAAGGAAGAUAAAGAUGACAUUCAUGAAGCUAAACCCAUCAAGGAAGAGAAGAAAGAAACAGAAAAGGUUGGUACAACUGAAGCUGAACCCAUCAUGGAAGAGAAGAAAGAAACAGAAAAUGUUGGUACCACUGAUGCUGAACCCAUCAAGGAAGAUAAAGAUGACAUUCAUGAAGCUGAACCCAUCAAGGAAGAGAAGAAAGAAACAGAAAAGGUUGGUACCACUGAUGCUGAACCCAUCAAGGAAGAGAAGAAAGAAACAGAAAAUGUUGGUACCACUGAUGCUGAACCCAUCAAGGAAGAUAAAGAUGACAUUCAUGAAGCUGAACCCAUCAAGGAAGAGAAGAAAGAAACAGAAAAGGUUGGUACCACUGAAACUGAACCCAUCAAGGAAGAUAAAUAUGAGAAAGUGAAGAAAAAAGAUGACAUUCAUGAAGCUGAACCCAUCAAGGAAGAGAAGAAAGGAACAGAAAAGUGUGGUACCACUGAAACUGAACCAAUCAAGGAAGAUAAAGAUGAGAAAGGGAAGGAAAAAGAUGACAUUCAUGAAGCUGAACCCAUCAAGGAAGAGAAGAAAGAAACAGAAAAGGUUGGUAAAACUGAUGCUGAACCCAUCAAGAAAGAGAAGAAAGAAACAGAAAAUGUUGGUACCACUGAAACUGAACCCAUCAAGGAAGAUAAAGAUGAGAAAGUGAAGGAAAAAGAUGACAUUCAUGAAGCUGAACCCAUCAAGGAAGAGAAGAAAGGAACAGAACAGUUUGGUACCACUGAAACUGAACCAAUCAAGGAAGAUAAAGAUGAGAAAGGGAAGGAAAAAGAUGACAUUCAUGAAGCUGAACCCAUCAAGGAAGAGAAGAAAGGAACAGAAAAGUUUGGUACCACUGAAACUGAACCAAUCAAGGAAGAUAAAGAUGAGAAAGUGAAGGAAAAAGAUGACAUUCAUGAAGCUGAACCCAUCAAGGAAGAGAAGAAAGAAACAGAAAAGGUUGGUACAACUGAAGCUGAACCAAUCAAGGAAGAUAAAGAUGAGAAAGUCAAGGAAAAAGAUGACAUUCAUGAAGCUAAACGCAUCAAGGAAGAGAAGAAAGAAACAGAAAAGGUUGGUACAACUAAGGAAGAUGGUACAACCAAGGAAGUUGGUACAACCAAGGAAGAGAAGAAGGAAAAGGACAAAGAGAAAGAUGAUACUUGUGGGGCUGAGCCCAUCAAAGAGGAGGAGAAUGAGAAGGAAAAAUAUGAUACCUUUGAGUCUGAACCUACGAAAGAAGAAAAACAGAAAGAAAUAGGGAGUAUAGUCACUUCUAAAGACGAGCUAAGCUCUUGUAUCUCUACCUCUAAAGUGGAGCCAGCCUCAGACUCCACCACUACAGAAAAAAUAGAGCAAGAGAAAGAUAACUUUGUGGCUGAACCCAUGAAAGAUGAGAAGGAUGACACUUGUAAGACUGAUGCCAUCAAGGAAGAAAAGAUGGACAGAGAACAUCCUCUUCAGUCUGAACCAAUGAAAGAAGAGGAAAGAAAAAAAGAGAGAGAUACUUUUGACAGUGAACCGACUAAAGGAGAGCACAGAGAGAAAGAAAAGGAUGAUACAUGUAUGGUGGAAUCCACCACAGGGGGCAAGACAGAAAAAGACGACAAUACAUUUUUUGAGAUUGAAGUGAGCCAGGAAGAGAGGAUAGAGAAAGAUGAUACUUAUGUGGCUGAAUUCAGUAAAGAACAGAAGAUGGAAAAGGAGCAAGAAAAAGAAGAUAGUGAUUUCGAAGACAUCAACGAUGAGGAAAGAGAGGAAGAUAGAGAUGACAGUUAUGAAGCUGAUCCCAUAAAAGGAGACGAAAGAGCAAAAGAAAGUGAAACAGCUGACACAGUCAACUAUGAAAUGAGCGUGAAAGAGACAGGAAAAUAUGGUUCUCAUGAGAUUGAACCUACUAGAGAGGAGAAAUGGGAGAAAGAGAAAAAGGAGGUGCAAGAGAAAGAUCUAAAAGAGGCUUUACAACACAGCGUACAGACAGCAAUGAUAGAAAAGGUAGAGGUGACUUCUGCGACAAAGCUUGAACCUACAUUUCAGGUUCAGUACUCAGACGGAGAUGAGGAAGAUGAGGAGGAAGAUGAAGAGGAAUCCAUUUGCAUGGGUGGUGCAGGCUCAAGACCUUUAUCAGUGGAACCUAGACAAUCAGAACACGAGAUCAUCUCUCAAGACCUGCUUUCCACUCAGUCACCAGAGAAUGUGCUUAGUGACCAGACGAAGGACAGCCACUCUGAACAGACCACUGGGCUUGUGUCUACAUUACCAAAAUGGGAGACCUCUCCUGAUAAAGACCUCAAAGAGCAGCAUAAAGAGCGACAACAUAGACUCUCCCCUGAACUAGAAAAGGACAUCAAGACAACUGAGACCACAUCAGCAACCCAUCCCAGUCAAGAGUCCACCAUUGGUUUCCCUACCUUGAAACCAGUCUCUGCUAUGCCUACCACCAAAUUAGAGCCAGCCUCUGACUCCACCACUACAGACAAACAGUCUAUAGGUUCAACACUAUUAAGCACUGACAGCAAGGCCAGUGUGACGGUAUCCACCCAGCAUGAAACACUGCUGCUAUCUAUGACAACAAGCAAAGAAGCAUCUAAUACGGAUGAAAAGACAAAGCAUGUUUCUCCAAAAGAAGAUGAGAAACCAGGCAAGGAAGCUGAGAUGGAAAUUGAAAAAGAGCGGGGAGUUGCUUCCCCAGAGCAUACACAACCUUGUUCAUAUUUUGUCUUGGAUAAAGAUUCUGAGAAGGUUCCCGAGAAAGUGAGCCACGUCGAUGCCACAAAAGCAGACAGUACCUCUGAAACAUUGAAAGGCUUUGAGAAAAUAACAACGGAGACUGUCAGUGUGAGCUUGCAAGAGGACCAGGGCUUUGAUGUGUCUAAGUAUGAACCCUAUGAAAAGCCCAUUUCAAAAGAAAAGGAAUCAGACUAUAAAGAAGACCGUGAGGUAUCUAGAGAGUUUGAUCGGUCAACACAAAUUGGCAUUGAUGAUAAUAGGAACGUUAGCCAGGCAGAUGCUGGUGCAGCUGCAUUCUACUCAGAGGAUGAGGAAAAAGAGGAACCGCUGUCAUUCAGCAGAGUUGAUUACACCCCUCCACCUUUCCCCAAGAGCGAGAGAAGUCUCCAUUGCAGCUCAAGUGCCUUCACUGAACACGAUGACAAAGAGAAAGGUCAAGAGGAAGUGAGUGAUAGGAAGGAGGGGCAAUCUACACCACACGUGGAAAACAGCUUUAUGUAUAUAGAGACUCAAGACAACAAGACCACCCCAGCAGCAGAGCAAUACUCAUUUGCUUUCAGUCUCAAAGAAGAUAAACCUGAAAAAGUUGAGAAGGAUGAAAUGAAGGACAAGACUGGAGCAUCUCCCAGUGUAGAGGAGUAUAUACCAGUCCAGUCAGGCAGAAAGGAAACAGCCUCUUCCUCAUGGAGUCAAUCCAACACCGAUGCCCAAGCCUCAGCUACAGCCAUGCCCUUUGAAGACGUCCCUGAGAAGCAGACCACAGAGAAAGAGAAGGAAAAAGAUGAGCCAGUGAAAGACUAUAUGGAUUCAUCUGAUAGUGAGAGUGGGGACUCUCCCUGUGGUCGCUACUCACCAACGGAAAAAGACAUGUUACCUCAUCAAGCUUUGCCUAAGGAAAUGGACAAUCAGGCCACUGCUGCCCCCUUGGCCAGAUAUUCAGGACAGCUCCUAGACGAUAAUGUUCUUGCAUCUGAGUGCACUCAAAUUGGAAGCUCUAUCACCAGUAAAUCUACAAUGGGCCAUUCUGAGAGAGAAGGCACUCCGGACAGUGUAGAUAAGAGGCUACUGGUGUUGGGAGAGGAUUAUGAUGAUGAGGAAGAUGAUGCAGAAGAAGAAGCCAGUGAUCUAGAUGUGGAGAAGGGAGCGAGAGAGCAGUCUGAAAAAGAAAUCUGUAAAUCUAUAUUGGAUGAUACCACUACUUCUAAACGUCCUGUGACAAAGGAAGAGGACAAGAAGACCCUCUCACCCGAACCUGAACCCAGCCUCCUCAAAAAGGAGGAGCCUUCCCAUUCAAUGGCCACAAGCAGCCCUCCACCAGCAGAUACUGCAGAUUCCCUUUUGAAGAAUGUAGUUGGGGCCUCGCCACUCCAGUCUGGCAGUUCCACUGCAAUAGAACAAACAGGAUCUGGAGGAUAUCCUUCUGAAUCCUCAGAGUAUUCCGAGGACAGCCAACUGGGGUUAAAGGAGGAGAGGUUUGACAGUCCUGACCCCUCUUUGCCCACCAAGUCCAGUGAAUAUAAACAUUACAGUCAGGGAGACAUUGAAGCUGACAGGCAGAGAACCCCAGAUACCACUAGUAGAAAACCUGAGGAAGAUCCUUCGUGUUACCUCUCAUCUGCCUCAGCUUUUCUAUCAACCAGCCACCAGUUGGGGGAGGAGUUAGAGACCCCCGUCAGAAUGUCUAGUGGCCCCUACAGGACAGAUUCUGAGGGUGCUUCCUUUGAGUAUUCUUUAUUCAAAGACGAAGACUCCUCAGCCAUGCACUCAACCCUCUCAACCUCAGGGGUCAUGUUAAAGGAUGAGUACCUAGAGGCAUCUGAAAAGCUUACCUCAACAACUACAGCUACAUUCAGUCUGACAAAAGUCUUUCCAGUCUUAGCUACUCCAGCCAAAGACAUUACAGAACAAGACUCAUCAUCAAGCCCUGAGAUGGACAAGGGUCAAACCUCAGAGAACGUUCAUAAACUUGAGGGCACUGUUGAAACCAAAACCAUAACGUCUGCUGGAGCUUCAGAACCACCAUGUUCCCAGCUGUCCAAACCCGCUGAAACCAUAUCCACUUCAAGGGCUUUCUUUGAGGUUUCCCCAUUGCAAAGAGCUGAUUCUUCUGACAGAGAAUCCCAGGGCUCAGCGGUCAGCAAAGAGUCCUACACUUGCAAAAUGGAGGACAGUACUCUUCCAUGCCGCAUUGAAUGCCAGAAAUUUGCAGUGACAGAACAAGAAGAACGCAUGCUGUCCAUGGCUGAGACAUACAUGGUCACUAUUAACUCCAGUACAACCACAACAGUGUCCCAAUCUGAUGGGGUGACAAAACCACAGCAGUCAACUGAAGCCUCUUCCAACGGGGCUACUGAGGUUAGUACAAGUCCCCAAGAAGUCCUCAGUGGAGCUAGCAAAGCCUCUUGUGUCACAACAGCAGACCUGCCUAAAACAGAACAGAAAAAGGAGGAAAAAGAGACAAAGGAUGAGAAAGAUAUGAUGGCAAUGAAAGAGGAAGAAGUGAAGGAGAUCAAGGUAGAGACCAUAAAGGAGGACACCAAAAUGACAGAGCAGAAGGACAAGGAGGAGACAAAACAGAUGGACGAGAAGAAAGAGGUGGCUGGAGAGAAGGAAAAGGUAGAGGAGGAGGAGAAAGUAGAGGAAAAUAAGUUGGAGGAGAAAGAGAAAGACGGGAAGGCAGAGGAGAAGAAAGGCAAGACUGUUGAGAAGGAGAGUGAGAAAGAGAUGGAGAGGAAGGAGGGAGAGAAAGAGAAGGUAGAGGAUAAAAAAUCAGAGAAACAGGAAGAGAAGAUUGUCGAAAGGAGGAGGAGUAGCUUAUCUGACUGGGAACUCCUACAAGGGCCGGGCGCAUGCCCAAGUGCCCCUCCUCCAGGCUAUGAAGACGAGGAGGAAGAAGCGUAUGAAAUGGAAGAAGCAGAGGAAGAGUAUGUUCAAAAAGAAUGUGUAUCCACAGGCGAGCCCACCCCUCUGUCCACAGCAGAACAUGCCCACCAUACAAAGGCAUCUGCAAAAGCAGAUGGAGAAUCCAGUUGCCCCACUGACUUGCAUAUGGAGGCUACCUCCACCUCCCCCCCUGGCUAUACCUCAUGUGAAUUCAAACACCGCAAAGGGGAGAUCUCCCCAUCCUUCAUUAACCCCAGUCCACACGCCCUCUCCAGCGAUGAUGGCGAAGAGGACAAAGGGAGUGACCACUCUCCAGAGGGGGAUGAAGAUGACCGGGAGCAACACUCGGUCAAGAGGAGGUCUCACAAGCAGAAGCGACAGCACAUUCAAAGUGGAGCUGCUGGAGCUGGAGCGGGAUCGCACCCAGUUUCCAUGCCUCCUGGUGGCAUGGCAACUGGACUUGGGAUAGUGCUAGCUGGAGAGGAGACGCCCCCCACAUCAGCAAGUGACUCGUUGGCGUCCCAGUCGGACUCUGAUGUACCUCCCGAGACCGAGGAGUGCCCGUCGAUAACCGCAGAGGGGAACCUGGACUCUGACGAAGAUGCAGAACACCUGCCGGUGGAUAAACUAUCUGCCUCCGCCACAGGAGGGAGCACUCAACCCCCUUCGCCCAGAUCAGCUGCGAAGGCCCAUGACCCCCCACCUGCCCCCAUGAAGGAUCCGCUCCCCCACCUGCCUCACCCUGAUGUGUGCAUGGUGGACCCAGAGGCCCUCCCUGACAACCAGAGCAGCACAGAGAAAAUGCUCAAGAAGGACCACAAGACCACCAAGAGCCUGCGGAAGGGCCUGGGCAAGCCUAAGUCUGCGUCCCCAGCCCGGAAAGGGAAGCGGUCUACCACCCCUGCGAAGCAGGCCUCCAAGGAUUCCUCGCCUCGAUCGGUCUCUCUGAGGAGGAGGGAUACGGAAAGGAGCUCUAGGCUGACGUGGAUGUCCGAGGGCCAGGGAUCCAAGGUGGACCUACACGCUCCAGGGAAAGGCCUUGUGAAUGGCGUCAAGAGCAAUUUGGGUACCAACACCCAGAAAUCUAGUUCAGCCGUCCCCCCUGGUCCUCCAAUCUAUGUGGACCUGGCCUACGUGCCCAACCACUGCAGUGCUAAGAACGUGGACCAGGAGUUCUUCAAGCGGGUACGUGCUGCGUACUACGUGGUGAGCGGCAACGACCCAGCUGGUGGAGAGCCUAGUCGUGGAGUCCUGGAUUCCCUGCUCGAGGGAAAGGCCGCGUGGGGCUCCAAUCUACAGGUGACUCUGAUCCCUACUCAUGACACGGAGGUGACGCGGGACUGGUACCAACAGACACAUGAAAAACAGCAGGACCUGAACAUUAUGGUCCUGGCCAGCAGCAGCACAGUGGUCAUGCAGGAUGAGUCUUUCCCUGCCUGCAAGAUUGAGUUCUAAAUUCUGCACCGCUUGCUAUUUUACCCUCCUCCCCUCAUCACUCCAUAUUUGGCAGGUAGAGAGAGGUCCUUUGCUACUCUCUAUCCUCCCAAAGCCUUCUCUUCUGUCAGCUCUACAUUUUGCUCUCUCGUGGUGUAAGACUCCAUUGCAUUUGCUGUAGUCUUCGGUUGGUGUACUGGCUUCCAACUGGUCAAUGUCACCUGAGAACAGCCACCACUCAGGCAGAAACAUUGAUAUAGGGUCCAUGGUAGCUGUAAAAAAAGUGUGAGGUGCAUUCACUUCUAGCACGCUUUCGGUUUAAACAACAUACUCGCACGAUAAAACCACCUCUUUCUUUGAUCUUAAUUCAUUUUGCUUUUCACAAAUAACCUCCCCCAACACACACAUGUUGUGAUCAUCUGUGAAGAGGGUAAAUCUCAAUAGUUAUUUCAAAGCUUUCCAAUCAUACUGCACCCAAAUCCACAUCUAAAUGGGCAACACUUUCCAACCAACCAACCAGCCAUCUUAACAAUGUCAAACUCCCAGUCAAUGAAGACAGUGCACAGUUGUGCAGUCUUACUGAUCGUCGUGAACUCAAGAGAAAUACCCAACAAAAUGAAAUACAAUUAAAAAAUUGCACAUCCAGGAGGGCCAAAGUAAGUGCCAAAACACUUUUGAGGUGUUCAACAAUCUCCGAAAUAAGUCCAAAGCCUUUUAAGAGGUGAACAGUUAGUUGAUCUCAAUUGUACGCAGACUACGCACAAUGUUGUACGAUGGUAGUAUUUUUGUAAGUAUCUUAAGUUGAGGCUUUGUUUUUCGAUAUGAGACAUUAUUCCUGUUUGGGGAUAUUACGUAAGAUGCAGCUUUCUAUUCUAUAGCGUUUGGCUUUCUCAGUACUCUUAAUAACUAUGUCAACUGAUGUUCCAACCAAAAAAAAUGACUAUACCACAUUGCUUGUUGUGAAGCUUUAGGAGGCGCCUGAAGGUGCCACUUUUAUUGAAAGAACUAGCUUUUCUGGGUUAUUUCCCUCAGUGGCUGAAGUAUGACGCUUGCAUUUAGCUCAGACUCCUUCCUUGAAGAGGUAGAGGGUCCUUGACCGUGUGUCUAGUCCUUGCAGUCUCCAAGUAUGGAGUACAAACGUGUUCUGAUACCUAAACGUUUGGCUGGGUGUACGCUAAAGUGAACGUUAUACUGUAGGUGCCGGGCAAUGGGAUGGCAUUUCUAUAUUCACCAUAUUUCUGCUGGGCGUAAUGGUUCUUUCUAAAUAUCUGAAGUCCUUAUCGUCGUCUUUUGUCGGUUGCAUUAGAUGAAUACUCAAUUAAAAAAACAUACAGUAUAAACAUUAUAUAUUGAUCUAGGGAGAGAUUGUAUUAGAGGUAUGCUAUUUUGUGAUAACACAGCAGAGGAGGAUGUUAAAUGCAGUCUCCGUACAUUUUGACGUUUUCUCCCGCUUAUUUAUAUUGUACUUGUCUGUAUGAAACGAUUUGAUGAAGCGAUGGAAACUGCAAGUGGCCUUCCUCCGUGGAGAAUGUAGCAAUAGAGUCUAUUCCGUCCUUGUGAGACCGGGUUGUGUGGAGGUUGUGUGUGGGUGAUAUUUUGCAAAAAUGACUGCGGUGGUAGGCGGUCGCUCUCAUGUGCCUUCUGGUUUUCGGUAUUUUUGGGCAAGAGAGAAGGAUUAGAGAGGAGUAUGAUAAGGGCUUCCUCUUUCAUACUAGCCAUUGUGGAGCGGUGAACUUGGAUCCAGGGACAAGUCAAGAAACAGUGGAGGAAAUGCCACGCGGACAAAUCGAUAGUCGUUGUCCAGGGAUAUCUAGUUAGCCUAAUAUCCAUAUGGAUGGAUGCUGUAUACGCACAAGGUUGGUAGGUGAAAAGCUAAUUAGCCAGCUUAGCCAGCACAUUUAGAUUCAGUUACUGAUAUGCUGGUCAGCAUUUGUCCCCUAUCUUAAAGUGUCACCCAGCAAAUGUAUCAAACAAUAACAUGAUGAAAGAGCAAGUUAUUGCACCAAGCAAGAAUGCACUUUUCCAGAGGGGGGUUUAGAAGUGGGGCUGCGGUUCUAGUGAGAGAAGCACCGAAAAUAUACAAUUAUCAUUCUUUACCAUAAUGUGAACUAUGGUAGCGUUUGAUUUUAGGACAAGUACCUAGCGAAAGUACUCCAUACUGUAUGUAAAUAAAUCAAUAAAAAAGACUUGUUCUUCAGAAUGAUUUCUUAAUUGAAGAGGUAAAAAAAUAUUUAAAAAAUAACACCGGUAGCUAUUUAUCUAGUUAAAAAAACAAAAAACGGACUUUUCAACCCUAAGAAAAUAUUUAUCAGACGAGCAUGAAUGUGAUGUUGUUGAUUGUAGUGGGUAGAGAUGUGGCAAUGUGUACCACAGUCAAGUAGCAUUAAGUUGUGUGUUGAAGUAUGUGCAUGAGUGGUACACACGGAGACAGGGUUGGGUUUUGAAGAUGCAUCAUAGUGUUGUUUUGUUUUUUUAAUGCCGAGUUAGCCAGUGCGGUGUGUAUUUUUUGUUGGUUAAUCGGGAGGUGGAGCUUCUUAAAAUUGUCGCACUGUUCAUUGGAGCUCAUUACAAGUCUGAUUCACAUUAAAUUCCAUAGAGCUUAGUCACUUUUUGAUUAAUGUUAUAUUGUUUUCUUACAUUUUGAGGAGCUUUUGUUUUGGUAGUUGUAUUUAUCAAAUUCAUUUACAGUUAUGUAUACAUGACCAGUAUUAGAUUUCUUUAUUUUAAAAAAAAUAAUGUUUUUCAAUAUCAGUUACAGUACAUGUAGGACUAACACAACUAUGAAUGUCUCUUUUGUUUACAUUUCUUAGAUUGUAUUUUCAAAAAGAUUACUGAACAUUUCUUUUAUAAUAAGCGUCUGAUUGUCAUAGAUUAUUAUUAUUUUUUUUUUUUUUUGCUUAGUGAUUCUUAAAAUGUAAUGUGUUCUUUAUUAGAACUGCUGAGUUGUGUGUUUGGGGCUCCUGAGUUGAGGUCAGAGAGAGUGGACUGAGUAGGGCAAACUGGUAUUGCUGGAGAUACUGUCUCUGACUCAUAGUCUGCUGCAGAAUCCAAGACUGCAGACAGACAAGACAUCGACCUGCAAGGGGAACACUCUCUCCCUCUACCGGACUCAGAACCUAAACAGUCUCCUCUUAUAAGCUGAAACCAUUAACCCACAGUCUGCAGCGAUCUUGCUCCUAGCCUGGGAAGGAUGCCAUCCUUGUCCUUUUGUUGAACUUACUCAAAUGUGCUUGAAAAUACUGUAUUGUAAGCUGAUAUAACAGUAUGCAGGAGAGCCUCCCCCCAGGUCUGUUCUUAGACCGGCAGCAGAGCUAGCCAGACUCGCGCAGCUCUGAGUGAAUGUUUCCUUUCAGUAUUAUUAAGAUACUCAAUGUGUAAGCUACAGAUUUAUUAUGCACUGCGAUAGCGUUGAUAUGCAUGUCAUGUUGAAUACUGUUUAGAGUCACCUAGGUUAGAGAGAUUGAGGGCAUGUAUGAAUCAAAUGUAUCAAUACAUUGAUCAAGCAAUCAGCCCAGCCGGCAAAACUAGGCAAUAUAACGUCCUAUUUGGUUCUUAACUGUUUUUUUUCUGGUCAAGAAUACAUCAUAAGCUAAUCAGAUUCCAACCAGAUAAAGACGUUUUUCCCGGAUGAUAAAUUACAUACCCCAGGAUAAAAGAGGCCACACUAAGCCUAUGAGAGGUUGUCAGUGAAGGUACAAAUAUAUGGCCUUGGAUAUUUUACAAUAUGUUGCAAGGGUUUCUAAACUGAACUGAUCAAACUAUACGGCGGUGUACAGACCUAGUACUGUAUGGGUGAGGGAAAUCGGAACCAGGGUCAAGAUGCGCUGUUUAACCUAUAUAUUGUAUGGCUUUUCUGAGUGGUCUGACAUGUUGUAUUGUCCUGAAGUCUGAGUUUGUUUUUAAUUGUGGUGGAGAAAUCUUAGUGGCUUGAUUUCAAAUACACGGCCUUUAGGAUCAUGCCUCCUGGGGCCUUGGCAGAACGCUGUGAAACUCUCAAUACAAAAAUAUAUACAACAAAUAUGACUUUGCAGGAGCAGAAUGAUCUAAACCUGAAAUAAUAACACUGAAUGUAGGGUUGGUAUUAUUUAUGGGUUGCACCUAGGUUACUCGGUCGCGUCGUUGCCAUUGUUCUCAAUGUUCUACAAAUGCCGCAGCAUAUUGAUGUCCGACUGAUGCUAAAUUAAUGCUCAGUCUUAUCUGGACAGGGGCUAAUGACUUCCGUCAAAAUUACACUAUAGUGGCCUGGAAAUACGAUGACAUUGGUAGAGUAAACAUAUAAUGAUUUGAAAACAACUUUGCCAUCAUUAUGUCGUCUAGUUGACUUUACAGAGAUGGCAAUGUUGCGAUGAGCUAGCAAAGUUAGUCAGAAAUAGCUAGCAAUGCUAACUUUAGCUAGCAAAAAAUGUCAGUGCUCUCCCCUCAAUCCUAACUUUGCUAUAGUUAUACUGCAUCCGAAGUCAAUCUGGCGACAUCACAAUGACGACAAAAAGCUUGUCCUACUCCUUUUGAAAUGUCAUCGUGUUUUCAAGCCACAGAAAUGCACUUAAGACUAAAUCUUCAUCAGUAUCCGUUGAGACUGCAUUAAGUAGAAUUCUCAGCUGGGCAUCAGUCCUAAAAACGUACAUUCAAAACAAUAUGGUAACGAAACAUGCAAACCAUGAAUUUUUUUAAUUUACAUUUUAUUUUACCUUUAUUUAACUAGGCAAGUCAGUUAAGAACAAAUUCUUAUUUUCACUGACGGCCUAGGAACAGUGGGUUAACUGCCUGUUCAGUGGCAGAAUGACAGAUUUGUAUCUUGUCAGCCCGGGGAUUUGAACCUUUCGGUUACUAGUCCAACGCUCUAACCACUAGGCUACCCUGCAGCCCCGGCAUUGAAUACUCAAUGCUUUUGGAUUUAAAAAAACCGAAUGCGAAAUCAGUGGAGGAUAGCCUAAGGAAGUGAUGGACUACUGUAUUCGGAUUUAAUUUCUAGAACAAAAGUUGAACUCAAAAUGGAUAUCUCGUUUUUAUCCAUAUUGCAGUGGCUGUUGUUUAAUUUUCAGUUAUGUCCAAGAGGAAAAAACUGUGAUUUCCCGACAACACAAACAGUUGGUGUCCAAUACUUACAGAAACACACUUACAAAAUAACACAGAAAAAGUACCAACAGCAGCUUUUUCCUUUCCUGAAUAUGACUUGAAAACAUUGAAACAAAAACAAUUAAAAGUUAAAUGAAUGAUACAUGUACAUUCAUGUGCAGUACACAAAAUCAAAAUGGACAUGUUAUGAAACAUAUGAUCCUUCUUGUUAUACGUUCACAUGUUAGAGGAUUUGAAUCAAGCGUAUCAAAAUCCUAGGCAUUGAACAAAGAAACAGUCAAUGCUGACUACUGUAAAGUACAGAUGAAAAACAACAAAUAUAUUUCAGUUCCAUCUCUCUCAUUACGAAACAAUGAAGUCAUUUGAACACAAGUUCUCUGUCAUUCUCCCAUCAUCUCUCUGCAUGUGAACUAUUUAGUUAUUAUCCUGAAUGUAAUAAUUGAUUAACGUGGAAAUAAAUCAAGAAAUGCUCUCUUAAAACCGUAUAUUUGAAACAGGCGAUUGUUUAACUGGUAUUGGGAUGGCAUAUACUAUUACUGGGCUCUGCUUUACUGUUUUUCCCUAAGAUGUUGUUGUUCUAAGAAAAACGCUGUACUACUGUAGGUCUUCUGUUUUUGCAGCUGUAUUAAUCAUAGGUCUGUUACUAUCUUCAGUGCAAUAUUCUCGCGCUCUCUCUCUCUCUUUAAAUCUAAAAUGCAAAAACUAGAACUACCGCAGAUUCAUUGUAAAAGGGAAACAGCCUGGUGAUGACAAAUAAAAAUACAUUUAUUGAAAUCAGA